UGGCCACACUCUUCAGGCCAGCUGUUCGCGCAUGCAUGUGUGGGUGCGGAUUUAUUCAUGCUAAAUGAAAAUCGCCAGUUUUGGGGGAUAUACGAUUUUACAUAAGUUGGUCAUGCCCGCACAAACCUAGCGCCACAGAUCGAGAUCGAUCGGAUCCACCUCGCCAUCCUCUCAUCUCCGAAAAUCGGAAGAAGAAUAAGAAGACGACUGCCCUUGUGUGAGUGUGUGUAUGUUCUUGUUUGCAGGCGAGGAUUCCCACUCCUAUUCCCAUUCCUCCAAGAGGAGCAGCCAGUGCCCCGUGAGACCCCGUCGCUUUACCGCAUUUCCGAAGGUUCAAGCCAGGAUGGCGGAUGCCCAGGCAGUGGCGGCCGGAAAGAAAAAGUACAAGAACAAGAAGAAGGCGGCGGAAAAGAAUCCGAGUUCCAGCGACCAGGUUGAGGCACCCAGCAAUGGACAUGACCAGGAGGAGGAGGCGGCUCAUCAGGAGGUGGCGGGGCAGGAGCUGAGGGGUCUACUCAAGCAACUGCACCUCUGCAAUGGCCAUGGCCCCAAGGAGCAGACUCCUCCGUCAUCGGAGGUACUCAAUGGCCAUGCACAUGGCCACAGCAACAACAAUCACAUAAGGAGCACUAGCGGUAGCAACAACAACAACAGCAGUCACAACAACAACAGCGUUGAUAGCAGCAACAACAACAGCAAGCAGGGAAGAGAAGGUGUCGAAGCAGAUGCCCUCUAUCCGGAGGAGAAGAAGCCCAUAAUAGCCACAAGCAAGACCACUGCCAACACACAAACAACCACAGCGACGGCCACAAAGACAACAGCAUCAGAGGAGGUGGUAGUGGAAAAGCAAGUGCAAGUGGCGACGGAGAGUGGCAAUAGCCAAGUGGUGGAGGGGGAGGAAGAGCCGCUGCCCUCCACCUCAGUGGAGGCCACGCCCACCAUCACAGCAGAGCCCCAGCUGCCAGAACCUGCCAUUUCAGCCAACGAGAUCGUGUACAAGGAGUACGAGGCCGAGCACCAAAUGCAUGACAUCAUGCGACUGAUCCAGGCGGAGCUGUCCGAGCCCUAUUCGAUAUACACGUACCGUUACUUUAUCUACAACUGGCCAAAACUCUGCUUCCUCGCCUCGCACGACAAUCAGUACGUGGGCGCCAUCGUGUGCAAGCUGGACAUGCACAUGAACGUGCGGCGCGGCUACAUUGCCAUGCUGGCCGUGCGGAAGGAGUAUCGCAAGCUCAAGAUCGGCACCACACUGGUCACCAAAGCCAUAGAGGCCAUGCUGGCGGACAAUGCCGACGAGGUAGUUCUAGAGACGGAGAUGCGGAACGAACCGGCUUUGCGGCUGUACGAAAACUUGGGCUUCGUGCGUGAUAAGCGGCUGUUCCGCUACUAUCUCAAUGGAGUGGACGCGUUGCGGCUGAAACUCUGGUUCAGAUGAGCGGAUCCGGCGGCUGCCGUUGAAAUUGUUGUCUAAGUAGCCGCCGAACAUGUCGAGCUCCGUACUGCAGAGGAGCAGGGCGCAUGCCCGCUCGCCCUGGCCAGCUGGCAGCUUGUUUCGGCGCCCUCUUUUUUGUACCUAUUAACUAGGAAGCAUCGUAGCAUCAGUUUUUUUUCUGCCUCAUCUAACCCUGCCCCUUGUCUCUCUUUCAAGUGUAAAUUAUUUUAUUAUGUAGCAGCAGCAGCAGCAAAACCAACAUCUGCGGAAGAUCAGAUCAAAUCAGUUUACAAUGGACCCAAAAUUAUAUUAAUUUUACAGAAGGCAAUUUUGUAUGCAAUACGUGAUUUACAUGCAUAAAAUUAAAAUCGUAAGCGAGAAAUUAGUUAUGUACAUUAAACAAUCUACAAAAAUCAAUCUAGACAAUAGACAACAACAACAUGCAGCAGCAGCGCAGCACACACACAAAGCUAUAAACAUAGAAUCAAAUUUUGUAAAAAGAUUGAUCAAAAGCGAAGAUCACGCAAAAGAAAUUGUAGGAAUCACACGAGUAAUGUAUAUCAAAAUAAACUCAAUUGGAACAAAGAGCAAAGAACAUUAACACACUUGCGACACUCACGGCAUAUUGUAGCGUUAUAUAUAUAUACCUACAUACGAUAAAUACUUGAUCCGUGCGGAUAACACAACUCGCCAUCUGGUCUUCUAUAACAUCUCUGUGCUCUCCAGUGUUGUUAUCGCCUGAGAUCAGGACACAAGUACAGAUACGUAUAGCGAUAAGGAUAAGGAUGUGGUGAAUCCCAAGUAACAUUGAAAGAAUGCAAUAAAAACUUCAACUAUUACGAGAA